UGACUCUUCCCCAAGCAUUUGCAAGUUUUUGUUGUCACUAUUGGCAGGACAUGAGUCACCUGCACAAUAUUAACUGCCUUCCAGCGGAACUUCUCCUAAGCAUCUUCCAACUCACAGGGACCCUCGGUGGUCCCCGCAUACUACCCGGAAUUGUUAUUGCGUCGCACGUCUGCAAACGCUGGCGAUACCUCACCCUCCAAACACAGUCUCUCUGGACUAUGAUAUCAAUUUCCAACCGAGAAAAAGACUAUGCCCACCAUGCGCGGGUCUGGCUGACACGAAGUGGGGUAUUACCAGUCGAUAUAACCAUCCACUGGGACUCGUCAUGGGUGGAACACAAAGCUGAAGAGGCUCUCUUUCCCAUUGACGAUGCAGCUCCAUGGGCUGAUGAGACCUCACAAUACAUUAGACGCUCGUACAUGGAGUAUGAGCGAUUUCGUGAACUCAAGCGUCAGUCACUCAUGUGUGAGCUCGAAUGCCACAAACACCGUUGGCGCUCCUUCAAAUGGAAUGCAACUUCGGACCGCCUAAUCGAGGAUAGCGCAGAUGCAGACGUGCAGACGUUAGUGGAUCCUUCCGAUUACUUCCUUGGCAUGGAUUCGAAUUCAGCAAUUUAUAUGGUGGUGUCACGCGACUUUCCCUCAUUGUCUUCCAUUGACAAAGUGUCACUGGAUUCUAAAGCAUCAGUUUGCACAAGGAAGAAUACCUUUUUUACAAGACACAAAACCAGCGUGCGUAGGUUCUGGUCAAAAUUCUGGGAUUUGUUACACUUUUAGACUUUCUGUCAUCGAAUUGGCUAUAGUACGUGUCCAGUCACUAACUUACAGUGCAUACGUACCAAGUACGAAUGAUUGCGUAUGUAUUUCUCAAAAUUUCACCAUUGACUCCGUACUCCUAAUUAUAAGUUACUUUUGAUAGGUCGAGUGUCAUGUUAAUGUCACAACUUUGAUGGUGGCGCUUGCGUACGGACGUACAUACUGUCUGGUUCUGUUUGGCAAAGGCCUGUGUUUUCAAUAUGUACAAACAACUACUGUAUCAUGAGCUGCUGGGAUGAAUCAGGACUGGUUUAUUGCAAGAUUUGG